GAAACUAGAUAACUAUAUAUAAAAGAAAAAGUGGGAAAACAAAGGAAAACAGAAUCAAGGAAAGUUAUGGCUUAUAGAACAGUUUUUGUUCUUAGCAGUAUUAUUUUCUGGAUUUGUUGUAUAGAAUGUCACCCGAUACAAGUGUUUUGUAUGAAGGAUACCGAAAUCACGCAUACUGUAGCAUGCCGUUUAUUGGGAGAAGCAACUCUAGCUGAUUCUGAUUUGCUAAGAGAGUUAACACCUGUAAAUCUAGCAGUGCUCAAACAUGUUUCAAUCACUACAUGUAACAUGGGGCAUUCAUUUAGCUUCAAAAAGGGUAUGUCAGAAGAUCAAUGGCACAGACUAAUAACUAAAACUUGCAGAAGAUGCUGGCUUGUCGUGUGGAUUUUGUAGAUGAAAACUGUGAACAAAAAUUCAGAAAUUGUUGGUUUAAAUUAUAAAUGUAAAUUAAGAUAUAAAAACAAAAGUUUUUAUUGUGAAUUCUUUUUUAUUGCCAGAUAUGCACGUUUUGGAUUAAAAACUUGCAUAAAAAUCUGAUGUUUAAUCAUUGCAUUUAACAUUUUUGUUAUUCAAAAAUAUGAUUACAAUUAUUAUUUUAAUUGAAUCCGAGAUUAUUUUAAUUAGAAGAUUGAGUAUCCUGCUUAGAAAUUGUUGACGUUGUUCAGAAGCAGAUGUUUUGAUGGAAGUUUUUAGUAAUGAACCGAGAAUAUAGUUUAUCAUUGUAAAUUAAACAAACUUCUUAAAGUAAUUAAAAUUGAGUAGGAAUGUGACUAAAAAUAAAUUUGA